GUUUUGGAGACUACAUGUUCUGCAUCUUCCGGACAACACAGCACCAAGGUCAAUGGAGGGUGGACAGUGCCUGUAACCGAUAUGGUCUGUCAAGACUCAAUGGAUCCUGUGUGCCAAGGUUGCCCUGCUGAUAUCUCUGUAUAUUCUGCAAACCGAGAGAAGAUCAUUGAUUGGGUUGAACCAACAUGGUCAGACAACAGUGGAGACAUAGCAGACAUAUUUAGAUCACAUAUUCCAGGGUCCUUGUUCUACUGGGGAUCCCCGCAGUUCGUGUAUUACAUCGCCAGGGACAAUGCUGGAAACACAGGCUUCUGCAAUUUUACAGUUAUUGUAAAGCAACACGCCUGCCCUUACCAAGCUCCACCACGUAAUGGCGCCCUUGCCUGUGACACGUGGUUAGGAGGCCAGUUCUGCUCAGUGUCCUGUAACCGUGACUUUGGAUUUGCCCGUGAGCCAGAAUCACUUUACUACUGCAAACAGGAGGAAGGGGGAGGGAGAUGGUCUUCACUUUUCCCUAGUUUUCAAGGAAUCAUCUUUCCUUGGCCAGACUGCACAAGAACUUCAUCACCGGGGGUAGUUGGUCCUUUUCAAGUCCAAUACUACACAAGUGACUGUGCUGUUGACACAGAAAAAAUCCGGCAGAACUUUGUUGAGCAGGCCAAGAUGCUAAAUUUCUUAGCAGAAGGGUUCUGUAUGGACGAGGCAGAAUGCAACAUAGACAACGUUCAUGUGUCAUGUGGGACGUCUUCCACGGAUGGAGCAAGAAAAAUUCACUAUUUUAUCAACGUAGACUUUGAUGUAGUGAUUACUCUGAAGGAGAGCUCUUCCUUCAACGGGUCUUUUUCCCAGACUGCAACAACACAGAUGGGUCUUUUUGUGUUGGACAUCGAAAAUACGAUCAUGAAUGGAGCGUUCAAUAUUUCAGUAGGUAACCAUACCAUUUCCACCAUCCCUGGCUCCUUCAAGAUAGGAGAGACAGUAUUGGUGUGCAGCCAAGGACGUGUGCUCAAAGAUUCAGCUUGCUUGAGCUGCCCAGCGGGAACCUUUUCUAAUGGUACAUCAUGCACAGACUGUCCACCAGGGUUCUACCAGGACAAAGAAGCCCAGAUAUCCUGUCUGCCUUGUCUGAACGGAACGGCAACCUACCAUCCAAGGGCGGUGUCAGCUGAGGAAUGCCAAGAAAUGUGCGAACAUAACACCUUCGAUGAUGAAACCACAAAUCAUUGCAAAAAUAUGUCUAUUACAGCUGCACCUGAAAUAGGAAGUCACGGCUGCCCUCCUGACACUGUUCCAUACUCCAACUCGUGCUACAUCCUGCUCGACGAGUCUGCCGACUACAUGACUGCCAGGAAGAUCUGUGAGAGUGGCGGAGGUUAUCUUGUAGUAGUUAAAGAUGAAGGGGAACAUCAGUUCCUCAUUGAUCACCUCAACUCUACAGUAGACAUCUGGAUUGGUCUUGACGACAUCAUCAAUGAAGGAACUUUUGUGUACAACGAUGGGAGUCCACUUGGAGCAUUCAGUAAAUGGGCACACGGUGAACCUAAUGACGGAGGAGGUAAUCAAGACUGUGUCCAUAUAUGUGGCCGUUAGUUGGGAUGGCAUGGGAUGACGACAUAUGUACCAGAGAUAGACUCUUUAUGUGCGAGUUUAAAAAG